AUGCGUUUGUGCCAAAACAGCAGAGCCGUCUGUGCGUCCAACACGGAAACUAUCGGUUUACGUUGUCCCCACGUGCCACCAGCCGUUCUUCUCCUUCUUCUCUUCCCCUCUUCUGGAUACAUCAAUCACAUGAUAAUACUGAUUCUUGGUGGAGUCAAAAUGGAAGAAAAUGACCGAAUAUUCUAGUCGCACGAUUCGAAACAGCCUGACUUGUCUGCGCUCUCUUAUCUCUCGGCGCUGAGGUCAUAGAAGAAAAAAAAUAAGGUGCAGAAGAAUCAGAAGACUUGAAGACUUCUGGUCGCAUUUGGAAUGGCUCGACGCGCUGCGGUUUGAGUCAGAAGUUGACUGCGACGCGUUGAGACGUACAUCAUGCUACCAGAGGAUGAAAACUUGA